CAACAUCAAUCCGUUCAUUCUCAUAACGUAUGUGAAGUUCUGCGGAUAUGCAUUUACGUAUAAGAAAAUAAAUAAAUUCUAGUCAUUAUUUUAUUAUUUUAUAGUGUUUUUUAAUGUUAAACAAUUCUUACAUUGUUUAUAAUGAAAGAAGAACAAAGUAUUGAUACUAUUAAGACCAAACAAUCGCUGGAUACCAACGAAAAUGUCUCCGAUAUAAAUGACGAACAGGAAAAUAUCACGAGGAUAACAAACCAAUCUAUUAGAAAGGACAUAAAUGUUAAUAUAUUUCUACUAAUAUGUGUAAUUGGUGUAUCUUUGGCCAUAUUGUUGGAAAUAAUAAAUGUACAAAAUAGAUCAGCUGUUUACAAAGAUAAUGUAGCGAACAGAAGGUCCUAUUGGGUGUAUUCUGCCUACAGUGACGUGGAAAACAAAAAUGGCCUCCUCAAACAUGUUCAUCUGGUCUUAGAGAGGUUAGGAUAUGAGAAGAGCACGAACAAAACGCCCUGGACCCUACUGUGGUCACACGAUUACCCUUUCAGAGUUCUAUAUCCAAAUUUGCAUAGAUUAAAAACUUAUCAGAAGGUAAACCACUAUCCUGGCACCGGUUUCAUUACUAACAAAGUGGAUUUAGCGACAUCGAAUUCCAAAUAUAUUCCCCGUGCGUUCAAAAUUCCCAAAAAUAAGAAGGAGUUUUUGGAAUACGCAGCAGAAAAUAGAGAUGCAGUGUUUUUGGAAAAGCACAAUCAACAUCGGGGUGUUUAUUUAAAGAACGUGACCGAAAUUGAUUUGUCAAGCGGCGAAAGUUUUGUACAGGAGUACGUGCAAAAACCGUUUUUAGUGGACGGACAUAAGUUCGAUAUUGGCGUGUACGUCGUCCUCACGUCAGUGGAUCCUUUGAGAGUGUACUGGUAUAAAGGAGACGUAUUAUUCAGAUACUGUCCAGCAAAAUACUAUCCAUUCGACCCAAAUAACCUGGACAAAUACGUGGUGGGAGACGACUAUCUGCCCACCUGGGAGGUUCCGUCGCUGGCGCAUCCCUACACAGCCUUGGGGUUCAGCAUGAAAGAGGCCUUCGACCAUUACGCUAGCUCUAAGGGCAAGAACACAACACAGAUGUGGCUAGACGUGCAAGAGGCCAUCACUGAAGUAUUCCUCAAGAAGGAGCACCAUAUUAUCAGCGCACUCCAAAAUUACCCGUCACAAGAUAACUUCUUCGAGAUGAUGCGCUUCGACCUGAUGGUGGACGAAGACCUCAGGGUGUAUCUGCUAGAAGCCAACAUGUCUCCCAACCUGAGCUCAUCGCACUACCCACCGAACCAGCUGCUUUAUGAGCAAGUUCUGUUCAACUUGUUCUCACUUGUUGGACUUGCAACGUAUACGAGUGAUGGCAAUGAGGACCAGGGUAGCAGAAGUAUGAUAGCAUCACAGAAGAACAUAGCAGUGUACAGUGCAGAGUGUAGUUCGACUUGUAGAGAUAGCUGCGAAGUUUCUACCGUCUGCAGGCUAUGUAGACAUUGUAUGAGUCCCAAACUGCGGAGUAGUGUGUUGAAUGCUUAUAGAGAGAACCUCGGUAAAGGAGAUUUUAGAAGACUAUUUCCACCAAUUAUGAAACCAAAGCAAAAUGUAGUUUCAAAGACGAAAAAUUUAACUGAAAUUAACAGACUGCAAUAUUUAUGGUAUCAAGGCAAGUGCAAUACUGACAUCACUUGGUGUGUUUAAUCUAAAAAUAAUAAUAAGACAAUUGUUCUUCAUUAAACUAUUUAUUAAACAUUAUUUUACAAACAAAGGCUUUUUAUUAAUAUUUAACUUAAACUUAAACAAAGGAACUAACACAGGGCAAGACAAUCACUAUCAAUGGUUUGCAUGUGAUAGAAGCAAAAAUUCACUGCCUACCCUGAUGACUCACUUUGAACCUGUAUUAGAAAGGGAAUUUUUCAUUUUGUAAUUUUUAUGCAGUGCCUACCCUUGUUAAAAACUUUGUGCAAUCCACUGAGAGAAUGAUCACACAAAUGUGUUUUGAAACAACUCUUCCUUAUUACCCUCAAUGUUUGGCUAUAGUGUUUUUCAGAUAGCAUGGGUAUGGUGACAAUUGCCUUAUGACAUUCAUAAUAAAUAUUAAUAAUGUGAAUCGUGGCAAACUUUCUAGAGUGAAAGCUAUCUGAAAAACACUUUAGUUCUGCUAUUUUCAACUCUUGAGGCGAGCAAUGGAAUGAAAUCAUAAUCAGUAGUUGGUAGCAAGUUUUACUGGAUCUCUUCUAAAAAUCAAGGAAGUCAAA